AUGGGGGUGGGGGAUGAUGAAGAAAGGAUUCGGGGCGAAGCCCUUAAUGGAUAUUCAGAUCUGAACUUAGUCUUCUGUUUCCUCAUCGUCGGUGGUGAUUCCACUGAAGCAACUGCCAAACCAAAGAGAAGUUUCUAUGCUGCCAGGGAUUUGUACAAAUACCGACACCAGUACCCACAGAACUUCAAGGAUAUCCGAUAUCAAAAUGACUUGAGCAAUCUUCGUUUUUACAAGAAUAAAAUUCCAUUUAAGCCAGAUGGUGUUCACAUUGAAGAAGUUCUGAGCAAGUGGAAGGGAGACUACGAGAGGCUGGAACACAACCACACCUACAUCCAAUGGCUUUUCCCCCUGAGAGAACAAGGCUUGAACUUUUAUGCUAAAGAGCUAACUACAUAUGAAAUUGAGGAAUUCAAAAAAACAAAAGAAGCAAUUAGAAGAUUCCUCCUGGCUUAUAAAAUGAUGUUAGAAUUUUUUGGAAUGAAACUGACUGAUAAAACUGGAAACGUUGCUCGGGCUGCUAACUGGCAGGAGAGGUUUCAGCAUCUGAAUGAGUCCCAGCACAACUAUUUAAGAAUCACCCGUAUUCUUAAAAGCCUUGGUGAGCUUGGAUAUGAAAGUUUUAAAUCUCCUCUUGUAAAAUUUAUUCUUCAGGAGGCACUUGUGGAAAAUACUAUUCCCAAUAUUAAGCAGAGUGCUCUGGAGUAUUUUGUUUAUACCAUCAGAGACAGAAGAGAAAGGAGGAAGCUCCUGCGGUUCGCCCAGAAGCAUUACAGGCCUUCGGAGAAUUUUAUCUGGGGACCACCCAGGAAGGAGCCCUUGGAGGGAGGCAAAGCCCAGAAACCGGCCGCCCCUCCCGCCUCCGGUCAGAACAGCCAGACCCCUGUGCACAAGAAAUCCAAGGACUCCAGAAAUUCCUCCUCAGCUGUUCAAGUCAAUAGCAAAAUAGCCGAGGAAAAAAAGGUGGCACCUCCAGAGCCUGGAGACGAGACAGACGGGCCCGGCUCAGAGCCCGGCGGUGGGGACGCCCAGCCAGGAAACACAGAGAAGGAUGAGAACCCUGAGAACUCAAGUUCUCCACCAGAAAAAACAGUUAACAAACCUGCAGAGAAGAAGGAGAGUGCAUCUCCCGCCGAAAAAGAUGCAGAAGGUGAAAAUGAUAGCACAGAUUGUGAAAAUCCUGGAAAUACAGGUUCCUGUGAUGCGGUAGCCUUACAGUGA